AUGCCAGACGAAGAAUUUGAUCGCUUGGCAUCCGACAUCCACAAUCGGUACAAAUCGUCCUCUCUAACUGUUCCAACCGGAGAAGAAACGGAUCAAUCGUCAUCAAUUUACCGAAUGCAUGAAGUGACCGUUCGUGUCACAGGACCCAGACAACCAGAUAUUCGGCUCACCCACACCAUAGCACCGACCUGGGUAUCUACGGCUAUCCCACACGUAGCAACAAAUAAUGUGAACGUGACAGAUUUAUUCCUACCUGUAACUGAAUCCCUGAGUCAAACCGAACGUUUACCCAGUGCUUACGAAUAUUUGUUCACUGAACGAUUUUCCCUACUUCAACUUCUUGGAGCAGUAAUUGGCCUUGCUCUAUUUGUCCACUCAUCUUUUGUCCUACGUUUGUCCCGUAACACAUGCGCCAAUUAA